AUGGCAUUAUUUGUCAUUUGUUGGAGGGAAUUGUCUCAGUUGAUUCUGAUCGAGGCUCAGCGGUUGGGGGAGGGGCAGAAAUCAGUCAGAGUAAGGCGCAUAGGGAUGUACGAUGCGUAUACACUGGACAUAGUGGGAUGA